GGGGAGGGGUGCCGGUGCCGCUCCCGCUCCCGGCCGCACCGGCUGGGCCGAGCCGCGUCUCCCGCCCGGACUCGGCCGCGGGGACAGGUUCUAGACUUCAAAAUACACGUGUGAGUGCCCUUCUAGGAAAGAUGAAGUGUAAUGUGACGCUUCCAGGUGGAGUUGACCGCUGUGGCGCAGAUGCAGGAACUACCUUCUAGCACUGGCUUAAAGAAACCCAAAGGAAGGCCAUCUCUUAUGUCACCGACUCUAUUUAAUAUCAAGAAGAGACACGGCUGCUAAGAUAUGGAAAACUAAAUUGUACCAGAAAACAUUGGGUUCCUGUUUGAAAUACUCUUCAUGUUUAAUACUGCAGAUCAUCCAUCUCAUGAAAACCUCCUGAAUACAAUGCAGCUGUAUUGCAGCUAUGCACAGCUCAGCUGAGAUUUGUGUUGAGGCUAGAAGCAAGAAAGAAGGUUUACAUCUUCUGUUACGUGUGUCUCAGUCUAGAUCUAAAGUUAGGAUCAUAGCUGAUCUUAAUGGAAUCCCUUGGAAGUUUGUUUAUGGUUCUAAAAAGCAUCCUGAGAAGUGGUUAAACUGAGUCCUUGGGUGUAGAAAGGAGGUUCUGUACUGGUAGGUCGUUGGUAGCUCCGGAUAAGGAAAGAUGGAUGGCCUGUUUUAUUCUCUUUAUAUUAAUGCUAUUCCUUAACAGUGCUUACUAAUGAGGGGGAAAAAAACAAAACAAAACAAGCUUUACCACUGUUAGACUUUAGGAAGCCUGUAGUCCAGUGCUAUUUUGAAAUGAAUGUAGUUAAGCGGCAGCACGCUCUGAGUUACAGUCGUCACUGGGCAUGUGCCAGUGAGUCAGCUAAGCAUCAUUUUGAGGGUUUUUUCACUACAUGGAACCACCCACUCACCCCUUCACCUCCUUUUUGUAAAACUUAGUUCCUUUUUAACAGGGACAAAAAUGUAUUAAAAGCGUUAAAAUGGAUUUGUCAUCCUUUUCAGUUCUGAGAAGUGGCAAAAUACACAGCGCAGAGGAAAGAUUAAAACUUUACACUGACUCAAUUUUGGAGGAAUAUUCAUUUUAUGAAUUUCGUUUUCUUCUUUUUGCUGUAACGUGCAUUAAGAUGAUUCUUUUCCCUUAACUCUCUUGUUAGUCAACAAUUACCAUUGAUAUUGCUUUGAGCUCGAGAAGCCUUGCUGCGUUUGGAUCUAAUUGAAUUUGAUAGCAUACAGAUAUGGAACAAAGAAAUAGUUUGUGCUCUAAGGAGCUUACAGUCAAACACUGACAACUAUUAGUUAAGAGAUGCAGUAAGAAAAGUAGAGUGGUAUCUUGGUUGGUUAGUCACUCUAGUUACUGGGAAGGACCUCACGUACAACUGAACAUACGCUCCUGUAAUUCAUUUCUAGUUGAUUCCUUCCACAUUUAUGCUCUUUGGAAAGGAUGUUUGUAUGUUUGGUUUUUUAGUCAUUUUUUAAGUUGAGUAUGUUUAGCACAUUCUGAGCUUUGGUCUUUACAGCUGGGUGAUAACUCCUGACUAUGGUAUUAAUCUGAAUUUGCUGUAGUUGCAUUGGGUCCGUGUCCAUUGUCAAGAGUGUACUGAGACAGAUUUGACUGGCUUUGUUUUCUUUUGAGGAGAACUGCUGUCCUAUUUUUUGAGGUAUCUGAAACUCCUGCAAAGAUGGAUGAGAGACUGUGGGUGAGAAAAGGGGAUGAUUCUCCUUACGUAGAGGAUCAUGUAACAACUUGGAUGCAGACUUGGAAACAUAUUCUUGUCCAUUCUCCAGCAGUACAGAUUUUUUUAAAUGUAAAUGGUAUUGCAGUGUAAAUAAUGCGUGCUCUAAUGUCUGAGAUAGUUGCUUGGUAUUUGCAUUAAAACUGUAAAUUUACUUUUAGAAAGCAAAAUACAUUGUACAGCUGUCUGACUAGUUAUGCUUUCUGAAAUUGUACCAAACUGGAAUCCUGCUUGUGCUUGCUUGAGUCAGCUCAGAGAGAAGUGACACCGGAAUUCAGCUGUGAUAGCUUUUGUUAUGGUCCUGAUGAUAACUGUUUGUCCAAGCAAAGUCACUGCCACUUCAGGAGUACUGAAACUUCACUUUAAACUGUCAUGUUUUACUUCAUUUCUGCUAGGUAAACAGCCCUCAUCUAGUCACUGUUCGUCAUGCAAUUGGCAAUUCACUGUUAUGCAGUAAUGGGAUUCGUUGCAAUUAACUGCAUGUAAUCUCAGAAUAGCUUUCUUUAGAGCUUUAGUCCUUAUGAAGUCGAUGGUGUUCUUGACUUCCACAUGACACAUAAAAUAGUUCUGUAUCUAUGAUGGUAUUGUAACUGAGAUGUUUAGAGGGUUUCAUCACUGAAAAUAGUAUUCUGCUUCUUUUGAAGUAUUAAAAUAGACUUUCAGCAUCCCCUUAUUGAGGCUUUUUCAAGUCUUAUACUUAAUGUGAUUAAAGUAGUUUUCAUAGGCUUGGAAUAGUAGGUGUCCAUUUUUUUAAUGGUUUGGCUCUGUACCUGACAGUGAUGUCUGUCAAGGGAAAACAAUGACAACAAAAAAUUCCUUUUAGGAGAAACAAGGUUGGAUUUUGUUUUGGAAAGUUCCAUGCAGAGGGAACUCAGAUCUGUCUCAGUUAAUCAGAAUGGGGACUGAUUCCACUUUGGCAUCAGAAAUGGAAGGAGAUGUUCUGUCCCCUAUCCAUCUUGUCAAUGGAAACAUCUCUGCUGACUUACCUUUGUUUUUCAUUUCAGAAAAACCUUUCACAAAAACACUACUUUUUAUUUUCCAGUGGCUCAACUCCUUUUGUUUCCUCAUUGGUUUCCAGCCAGUCUUGGAUAGGUCCAUAGCUGUAAGCAUAGCCCACGUCUUCACAAUGUGGUGUGGCAGAGGCUGCAGCUCUGUGCUGCUGCCAUGCUGGACAUAGAAACAGAGAGGCAUGCAAAAAGUCACUUGUCCCAGCCCUGUUAAAGUUAUCUGCCUGUGUCUGUUUAAAGCAGUGUCAUAAUGUGGCUGGGGUGGGCUGGGAGCACAUCCUGUACAUGCAGGCCGCUCUGAAAGCAGCCACCAGAGCAGCCCAGUUUGGAGGGCCGGUUAGCCUGGAGACUUGUUCAGCUGUGACCACGGGGGCUGUCCGGCUGCAGCCUCAUACGGGUGUCAAAACAAGAGAUACAAAGAUGUGGGAAGUACCAACUGGCCUCUCAGCACAGCACAGGGGGUAUUAGUGGGACUGUCUCAGCUUCUAAUAGAAACCUCUAAGGAGAUGAACACAAAGGCUGUCCUUGGGCAACGUAAUCUCUUCUAAACAAUGCUCGUGGUGAUAGAACAGCGUCUGCUGUAAGGACAUUGAGUGGCAGGAUGGAAGAACUGUAGCUGGAGAAGAGACGCAACACGCUCUUUCAGCAUGGAGACUGUUCUGGUUGAUGGGGAACUUGACAGAAAUUCACAUCAUGGUGAUAACAGAGACUCUCAUGGACCAUCAACAGUGGUAACAAACAGCGAUGAAUCGCAGCUUUUAACUCCAGGAAAAAUGAGCCAGCGCCAGGGGAAAGAAGCUUAUUUUACUCCAACCAAAGAGUUACUCCAGCCAUCUCUCAGCCCAGCAACUGCUCACAGCCAUGGUUUUGACAAAGGGAAAGAUGAGGCCUCACAAAGCAAAGAGGAUACAGCACAUUCUAUGUCCAAAAGCAAGUCUGAAUCCAAGCUUUUCAAUGGCUCUGAGAAAGACAUCUCUUUAUCUUCAAGCAAACUUACCAAAAAGGAAUCUCUCAAGGUUCAAAAGAAAAAUUACAGAGAAGAAAAGAAGAGAGCUACAAAAGAAUUGCUCAGCACAAUCACAGACCCAUCAGUUAUUGUUAUGGCUGACUGGCUGAAGAUUCGGGGUACCUUGAAAAGCUGGACCAAACUGUGGUGUGUACUGAAACCAGGAGUGUUGCUUGUUUACAAAACACCCAAGAAUGGCCAGUGGGUGGGAACAGUGCUCCUGAAUGCUUGUGAACUCAUUGAGAGACCUUCUAAAAAAGAUGGCUUUUGUUUCAAACUUUUUCAUCCUUUGGAGCAGUCCAUAUGGGCUAUAAAGGGUCCAAAAGGUGAAGCAGUUGGUUCUAUAACUCAGCCACUACCCAGCAGUUACUUGAUCAUCCGAGCCGCUUCAGAAUCAGAUGGCAGGUGUUGGAUGGACGCUUUGGAGCUGGCUUUGAAAUGUUCAAGUCUACUUAAACGUACAAUGAUUAGAGAAGGUAAAGAGCAUGACUUGAAUUCUUCAAGCGACAGUGCUCAUGUCUCUCUCUAUGGCCUGCUUCGUGCUAACAACUUAAACAGUGGAGACAACUUGCCGUUAAAUGACAGCGAAAUUGAAAGGCAUCACUUUAAAGACCAAGAUAUGUACUCUGAUAAAUCUGAUAAGGAAAAUGAUCAUGAACAUGAUGAGUCUGAUAAUGAUGGACUGGGGAAAAGUGAAGAAAGUGAUAGCGACACAUCAGAGCGACAAGAUGACUCUUAUGUUGAUCCAGAGCCAAUUGAUAUCAAAGAAACAACUUACUUAGAACAAAGUCAUGAAGAACUCGGAGAGGCAGGGGAGGCUGCUCAGACAGAAGUCGUGUCUGAAGAAAACAAAAGUUUGAUCUGGACACUUUUGAAGCAAGUCCGUCCAGGAAUGGACUUAUCCAAGGUUGUACUGCCUACGUUUAUCUUGGAACCUCGUUCUUUCCUUGACAAGCUAUCUGAUUACUACUACCAUGCAGACUUCCUAUCCGAAGCUGCUCUUGAAGAGAAUGCUUACAACCGCAUGAAAAAAGUAGUGAAGUGGUAUUUGUCUGGAUUCUACAAAAAGCCAAAGGGACUAAAAAAGCCGUACAAUCCUAUACUUGGUGAGACUUUCCGCUGCAUGUGGAUUCACCCGAGGACAAACAGCAAGACUUUUUACAUUGCAGAACAGGUAUCCCAUCAUCCCCCAAUAUCUGCCUUCUAUGUUAGCAACCGCAAGGACGGUUUUUGCCUUAGUGGUAGCAUUCUGGCCAAAUCAAAAUUCUAUGGGAAUUCAUUAUCUGCCAUACUAGAUGGAGAAGGACGGCUGACAUUCCUAAACAGAGGAGAAGAUUACGUAAUGACUAUGCCAUAUGCUCACUGUAAAGGAAUUCUUUAUGGCACAAUGACCUUAGAGCUUGGGGGAACAGUCAACAUCACCUGUGAAAAAACUGGCUACAGUGCAACAAUUGAAUUCAAACUAAAGCCAUUUUUAGGUAACAAUGACAGUGUUAAUCAAAUAUCAGGAAAAAUUAAGCUUGGCAAAGAAGUUCUGGCUAUUUUGGAGGGCCACUGGGACAGUGAAGUUACUAUUAGGGACAAGAAGACUGAUGUUUCAGAGACGUUCUGGAACCCAACAUCUGAUAUCAAGCAGCGGAGAUUACCUAGAUACACUGUGAAGUUUGAAGAGCAAGAUGACUUUGAGUCUGAGAAGCUUUGGCAACAAGUGACUAAAGCAAUAAAUAACAAAGACCAAACAGAAGCUACUCAAGAGAAAUAUGUUCUGGAGGAAGCUCAGAGAAAGAGUGCCAAAGAGAGGAAACUUAAGGGUGAAGAGUGGACGUGCAAGCUGUUCGAUCAGGAUUCAGUCACGGGAGAAUGGCACUACAGAUACGCUGAUACCAGGCCAUGGGACCCUUUGAAUGAUAUGAUUCAGUUUGAAAAAGAUGGCACAAUCCAAACAAAAGUUCGGCAUCGGACACCAAUGGUUACUGUUCCAAAAAUCAAGCGAAAACCAACCGGACAGAAAAAAGGGGAGUGUGGUUUCUCAUCCCCUGAGCCUGAUAAUCAGGAUUCCUCUGGAAGUGAAGCUCAACUCACGAAGCAUAAUACAAGAAUAAGGAAAAAGGGAGCAGACCUUGGUGAAUUGCAGAGUGCCAUUGAAUCCAUAAAGGAAACACAAGAAGACAUCAAGAGGGACAUAAUGGCUCUACGAAAUCGAGUCACUUCUAAUUCCCCACCUGUGGACAACCAGUUUUUGCAGCUGAAGCACUAUAUCUUCAUUUUACUCCUGGUUCUGCUACAGCUUAUCAUCAAUUUCUUGUUCAAAUAGGAAGUGUGAACAAGGGCCUUUCUGAACUGGAAUGAUCAAACUCUUACUGGGGACCAUAUUUUAAGUUGGACUUUAAAUGAUGCAAUAUUAUCUAAAAGAGCCUUGUAGCAACAACUUGCAGAACUUUUUGCCUCAGAGUCCAUGGUUCAGAAUCAUCCUCCUGUCUACCCAGUUGAAGUGAGAAUCGUGUAAGUGCCAGUACACUCUUGCUCCUGGUGUGUGCCUCUGUCUCAGACAUACAGCAUCAGCCUUGUGUUUUAUAUUGCGUCACAUGCUGUACUGAUGAAUCUUCACCACAGAAUAGAUAAAUUCAAAGUACAGAGAUCAGGCGCUGUAGUUGGACCUGAUUCCUGUUUUGGUAGUGUAAUAAACAAGCAGACUUUGUUACAUGUAAACUUACCUUUUUUGUAACAAAGUACCUUUUAAAGUAGCCAGGCUUACCAACAUUUUUUUUUUUUUUUUUUUUUUUGUAAAUGGUGUUGGGUGUUUGGAUGUGAAUUUUUAUUUAAGGUCAAAUGAAUACAUUAUUAUACAAAGGUCACGACUGUUAGGAACUGGCAAGUACAAAGCUGAAGUCUCUGGGAAUUCUGCAAUUUUAUGUCCUUGAUUUGGAAGUGUGACAGUUUUUGUCCUGAAUUACUACAGUGGCUUAUAAGCCAAUUUUUGUUUUUAAAUUUUAUUUUAUAGUUUUAAAACUUGAGGUUCUACACAAAAACAUUCCUGCAUCUACUGUACAGAGCACGUUUUUAAUAGCGCAGCACCUGGGGAGGUCCUGUCUUUGUACACUCACACUCAUGAACUGCAAAUACUGAGGUUUUAGGGUUUGUUUUUUAAGUCUUGAUAAAUUUGACAGUCCUGAAUUUAUAUUGGAGUAUGGCUGCAUCUCAGUAAGAAGGCAGACUGCCGAUGCCGGGACUCUUUCUUAUUUCAGAAACAGAAUGUGAAGAUGAAAAGUUACGCUUAGUAUAUAGCAUGAGUUGAGGUUCCCAAAGGAGAGGCUGUGUGGAACAGAAUUUGGCCACUGUCAGCAGGUCUCUGGCAAAUGACAAUGUGUGUUUACAAGGGAAGUGGCUUCAGAAAUGGUGGGAUGGCUAACAAAACAAAAAUAAGAACAAAUGAUAGUGAAACACUGUUUGUUACAUUCACAGUAUAUAUAUACAUAUAUAUAUGUAUACUACCUAACUGAAUACUCAGUGCACCUAUUCAUUAUCUGCAGCCAUACCAAUUUAUGGGAACUUUAAAUUUCAAGUUAAAGCCAGGGCUUGUAACAUUUUGUUGGAAGAACAGAAUUUCAGCUAAAAAUGUGUUUAUCUGGUGCAUACCUCCCGGCAGUCAAACCUUUCCAUGUAUAUCUGUCAAGUCAAAAAGUAGCCGUAGUAUUGUAAAGCUACUUUCAGCAACCCAGAUAAGACAGCGGGAAGGUUGGAGACACAACACAAAGUACAGCCAAGUUUGUUUGCAGUGGAUCCUCUCAGAAAUCAAAUGGAAAGUUUGGAGCUGCCAUGGCCUUGGGCAGCCUCAAUAACUCUCCAAGUGAUCUCACAUUCUGUUCUGCAUCAGUCUUGUCCAGCAUUUGGUGAAAAUUCUAUUUACUUAAAGUUAGUCGAGCUCAUUUGUUCCCAUGGCUGACAUCUUCACAGCACCUCACUUUCUCUUUCAUCUUACCCCUUCUUUGAACCUCAGCUAUGUGAAAGUUCAUUGCUUAAGCAGUCACUUCAGCUUGUUUCUUACAGCUUUGUACUAGCAUACCUUGUUCUGGAGUCAGUUUUUGGAAUGUGGACUCUCCAACUGAUGAGGUGGAAUUUGUGAAUAUAGAAGGUUCCUUACUGUUAAGUUUUGUGUCCCUAAGUUAAGGCUCCAACAGAAACUGAAGCUGUUUGCCAUAUAUAAAAUGACAUAAGAAAAGCAGAAUACUAUAGUGUUAAUUUAAUCUACUCGGCAUGGAAUUGGGCCAUUCGUUACAGUGUUCAAAUGUCAAAGCUUCAUCUGUCUUAACGAUCCAUUGCAGGUUCCUAAGCAUACUCUGCGUGUGGGAGUAAUAUAAAAGGAAAUGAGUGAGGUAAAAAUAAAAUCAGAAUUUGAGCCAUAACUUUAAUCCCCUAAAACAGAUCUGCUAAAUUUGUGGUGCUGAAACUCUUGACUGACAGUGACAAGCUUUUUAUCUGCCUUGUAAAUGGAAAUGUCCUUCUGCUCUUUUAUUUUAAUCCUUCUGUUUAAGAUCAGUCACUAACACAGACUGGAUGUAUUUUUACAUGCACUGUUCAUGGAUUUGACCCAGCUAGCUGGCUGAUGGCACAGUGUUGGGCAACAUCAGGCUAAACCGGUGUUCCAUAUCUGAAAUUCAGGCUCAGCUCAAGACAAAGCAGAUUUGAACAGUGAGACAAAAUGCCUAUGCUUACGUUCCUUUUCAGCUUAUUUGUAGAGGUUACUUCUGUUGUAAAAGUGGUUUUAGUUGAGGUUCAGGAGAGUAAAGUAUAUAUGAUGAAACUUUAAGAAAGUAAACUGCAGACUUCUGCUUGACAGAACGAUUGGAUUUCUUAAAUUCUAGAAAGUGCAUCAGAGUCCAGCGUUUUGCUGGAUGACGUUCCCCCGUGUGAACAAGAUGGCAGCAUUUCCUGCCUGACGCAUGCAGUACAGCAGCCCAUGGGCCUGGUGUUGAGGGCUCUUCCGUGGCACAUCACGAUUGUCUGCUUACCCACACCGUGUGGCUGAUCUUGAAUAUGAAGUACCUAAUGCUGAGCUCUGCACGAGUUACAGAACAGAGUGUACAGCUUGCAGAUGUGUGAGGGCUGUAGCUUCCCAGUUUUUAUGAUUAAACAGCACUUGUUUUCACAUUUGAUUUAAAGAUCUCGAGGGGGUGGUUGUUUUUUUUCUUGUACAGGAAAUACCGUCAGAAAUUGUUGCCAUGUGGUUUUAUUGUUUUGUUUUCAAACGCACUCUAAGCCUUUAACUUGCCAUUAGGUACAGACUGCCUAGCUAGGUGCCCAUGACCUAGGCUAAAAGAGCAAAUGUGAGCUGUCACAGGGCGCCGUUUCAGCAGCAGGUGAUGUCGUGCAUUUCACAGGUGGAUGUCAUUUAAAGACAAGGCAUUGCUUCCUGAGGGCAAAGCCUGCUUUCCCCGCCAGUUUAACCUUGUCGAGAAAUUGUCUUAUAGGUCUUCCUUCCAAAUGCGAUAAUGGUGGUUUCUCUUCCUUUCCUCUUUGUUUGCCGCCCGCCUGUGCCUUUGGGAUUUCCUUUAUUCUUUUAUUUUUGUAUUUUUUUUUUGCCAGACUGGUGUUUAUGGAGCAGGCCGGGUUGGAUGUGUAGUGUGUUUUCUUAUGAGGCUGUUACUUCACCACUGUACGUGUAAAUAACGGGUAACGGGGGUUCUGUACAUCUGUAAGUUGUAUUGGUUUUUAAGGGUACCCUCCCCAUCGCUGAAAACUGAGCGGAUUGAAGCUUUGUAAACAGUGCCUUCCCGAGAGGUUUCUCGCUGUUCCCAGACAGUUUGUCAAGUUUGUGCCAUAUGUAACACCCGACCUUUCGUGAAGGCUUGCGUGUUUGAAACUAGCUCCCCUGCUGCGUCCGACCCUCCGGUUACAAAUAAAAUGUAAACUACACCCCCAGA